GCCAUCGUGAACACCAUCCUGGCUUUGCUCACCUCAACAGUCACUAGCUUUGGCUUGACGCAGAUCCUGCAGGAUGGCAAGAUUGGAACGCGAGCAGUGCAAAAUGCAACCUUGGCGGGAGGUGUGACCAUUGGUGCCACUGCCAGCAUCGUGGGCCCCUUUGGUGCGGGCGUCUUGGGCAUCAUGGCGGGGGCAUUGUCAACUGUGGCCUUUGCACACUCCAGCAUGUUCAAAUCGGUGGACUCUUGUGGGAUUCACAACCUGCACGGUCUUCCAGGGCUCCUGGGUGGUUUAUUUUCCAUCGUUUCGCCUGUCUUCUACAACGACACGGGCCUUGCCCCUUUCGAGCAGAUGGUUGCCUUGGCCUCCACCUUGAUGAUCGCUUUGCUUUCCGGGGCCUGUUGCGGUGUCGCCAUGAAGGCCAUUGAGCAGCUUCAUGACGAUAAAGAUUUGUGCACAGCUGCAGCCAGCAUUGGGUUGAACCCCACUGAUUUGCGCAUCGAGCCUUACAGUGAUGCGGCUUGGUGGACCGGAGAGGGUGAAGGCCCAGUGAUUCAGCUUUGAGGGUGAACCUGAAAAGCGCUUCCUGACUUCGCAUGGCGAACAAAAACCUCGCCUUCAUUGGAAGUCCUGCUGCAAAGAUGGUUGGACCCAAAUUGAAAGGAAGUAGAUAGGAGCUUGGGAGCAUCAAAGUGCAUGCCCUAAGUAUCGCGCGUUGCCAGCCCCAGUAUCAAAUGUACAGUGUAUCUCAGAUUCUGCAAAGUGGAUCACUGAUGGGCCAAAAAA